AUGUUGCCACAUCGAUCUCGAUUCCGGUCCGCCCGAGCAUCAUCCUCGGCAUCCUCGGCAUCGUCUUCGAAAUCCCACGCAUCAAGCCAAGAGGCUCCGCUUGUCGCUCGGCCUGGCCACUCCAGUGGGCACCACGCGCCGCUCCCACCCAUUGAUGAACAUUUUAUUCCUUCGCUUGCCGCCAAGGCCACGUCCGCCCAGCAGACCCAAUUGUAUGUCAAUUGGUUGAUGUCCGCGUUCCCCUGCUACUUCAAGGUCACGGAAACUAGGGUAUCCGUUAACUGGGUCCAAUAUGUCUCACAACGACGCGUGGGGAUUGACACCCCCUUUGAUUGGGCCAUCCGCAGUCUGACCACCAACUAUAUCGGCAACCUCUAUAAUGAUAAGCGCUAUUCAGACGCAGGACAUGAGCUGUAUGUUCGCUCUCUGCGUGGUCUGUCUGGUCUCCUCAACCAGGUUUCCGCCGCCAAAUCAGAUGAGGCCCUGGCCACCGCCAUAGCCCUCGCGGUUUUUGAAAUGCAUACGUGCACCACCGCAGACGGGUGGAUGCAGCAUGCAUCCGGGAUCCGCGCGCUAAUGCAACUACGCGGACCCAGAGCACACCUGCACGGGUUCGGUCGCGCCUUAUACAUUGCGUACCGCAAUACUUUGGUGACCUCGGCGCUCGUAGCAGGCGAGAAAUGUCUUCUGGAGAAGCCAGAAUGGCAAGAACUCAACCAAGAGAUUGCGGCGGACAAUGCCAAGCAGCCCGAUUCCUCGGUCUAUACUGACAUCACGGAGCGCGCUUUUCGCGAGGUUGUCAAGCUGCCGGGCUACGUGAAGCGCCUACAUGAUCUUUCGGGAGCAACUCCCAACGUGCAAAAGCAGGACCGACCCGCCUUGCUGCACGAGGUGCUCGCAGCGCGCGCCUCCCUGCGGGGCAUCCAUACCGAGUUCAGUAUGACUGCCUCUACCCUUCGAGCAGGCCAAGAGGCACAAGCCGGCUUCAUCGGACCCAUGCCAUACCAUUUCUUCGAGGGGUUCGCGUCUCUGUCGAUCCACGGCAUCCGCUCCGGGGUUCUGCUGCUCAACUAUCUUAUCAUUCUUCUUGAUCCUUUUCAGCGGCCCGCAGCAGAAGCCGAAAACCGUCUUAUCACGGAUCGCAUGCGUACCACCGAAGUCUCUCAAUCCCAUGCAAGCUCCCAUAUAGCACCAUCGCCGCUAACGCCUCCCGGGUCACCGGGUCGGUCCCGCUUGAUGAUUGAAUCAAGAAUUGGCCCGGACACGCGCGAACCUAUGACUACCGACUGGAUGGACCGUAUCGCCACCACUAUGGGUCUGGAAGGUGUGCGCGUGAGGUUGGUCGAUGAUGGGUAG